CUUAUCACACCUAAAUCCUCCAUCCAACCUUUGAUCCCCAUUCCUGAAUUCUCCCCAUCAACCACCCAUGUCUUACCGCUUCCUCAUUCGUUCUCUCCGCCGCACAAUCCCUUCACUUUCCACCACCACAACCACCAUAACCACCACAACCACCGCCACCACCUCUAUUCAUCCUAACCUAAACCAUAGCCCAUCAUUUUCUAUCCUCAAUCGCCGGACAUAUGCCUUCUCCUCCGCCGAGGAAGCGGCCGCAGAACGCCGCCGACGAAAACGCCGUCUCCGCAUCGAGCCACCUCUACACGCCCUCCGUCGCGAUAAUUCUUCUCGUCCUCCUCCUAACGCUUCCCGUCUCCCCGACACCACUUCAGCACUCACUGGCCCGCGCCCCAAUCUCCAUAACCGGGCCCAAUCCCUAAUCCGGGCCAACGACCUAGAUAGUGCUUCAAUCCUCGCCCGCGAAUCCGUUUUCUCCAAAACCCGACCCACUGUCUUCACUUGUAAUGCCAUUAUCGCUUCCAUGUACCGCGCAAAAAGAAGGGUUGAUGUGGGUCUUGAGGAUUAUAAACAUAUUUUAGCUCAGGCUCCUUUUGGUCCUUCUGCUGUUACUUUUAGGCAUUUAACUAAAGGGUUAAUUGAUCUUGGGAGGAUUGGGGAAGCCGUUGAUCUUCGUAGGGAAAUGCUUAACAAAGGUUUAGGGGCCGAUUCUCUUGUUUAUAAUAAUUUGAUUAAAGGGUUUUUGGAUUUGGAUGAUUUUAAUAAAGCUAAUGAGUUUUUUGAUGAGCUUAAGGAGAGAUGUCAUGUGUAUGAUGGCGUUAUUAAUGCUACGUUUAUGGAAUGGUUCUUCAACAAAGAAAGAGGGAAGGAAGCUAUGGAAUCGUAUCGGGAGUUGCUUGAUCGUCAGUUUAAGAUGAUACCUGCUACUUGUAAUGUGCUUCUUGAGGUGUUGAUUAGGUAUGGAAAGAAGAAAGAGGCUUGGGAGUUGUUUGAUUCAGUGCUCGAUAAUCAUACUCCCCCGAAUUUUCAGGCUGUGAAUUCAGAUACUUUUAACAUAAUGGUGAAUGAGUGUUUUGCAGAGGGGAAAUAUGAAGAAGCUGUUAGUACAUUCAGAAAGGUAGGUACAAAGAUGGGAUCUAGGCAGUUUUCUAUGGAUGUUGCUGGUUAUAAUAACAUUAUUGUAAGGUUUGCUGAGCAUGGAAUGAUUGAGAAGGUAGAGGAGUUUUUCACUGAGCUAAAAUCGAAAUCGUUGAGCCCUGAUGUCACUGGAUAUAGAACACUGAUUGAUGCUUAUCUUAAGGACCAAAGGAUUGAUGAUGCUGUGCAAAUGUUUAAUUUGAUGGUUAAUGCCAAUUUGAGAGUGAUUCCUGCAUAUGCCAAUAGAUGGUUUACUGAAUUGAUUCAGAAUAACAAAGCCAUUGAAUGCUCACAAAUCUUGACAAAAAUGGGGGAAAAGGAGCCAAAACCCGACCCAUAUACCUAUGAAAUUGUCAUUUAAGGUCUGUGUUAAACAUACUUAGUUUCUUUUAAAAAUAAUAGCAACAUUAUUUUAGAUAGUCUUUGAAAUAUAUAUAUAUACAUUUGUCUCUCUCUCUUGUAAUUCAAUAGACAUAAAAAUGAAUAAGAAAAUUUAAUCCCUUCUUUUCUCUGA